AUGAAGUCGAGAGUUCAAAAUGUGGAUGAUGGCGUCGCUUACGAUAUUAUUCGCUUCCUCAUAGCAGGAAGCGGAAUAGAUAACGUCGAUGUCGAUAGAUGGAGUGAAGAAUACCGAGUUAUGCUCGAUGACCUUUAUAAAGUAUGGAGAGGAAGACGAACACAGCAAGAAAUGUUUGAUUUCGUAUUCAAUGAGAAUGGCUAUACUUGUAACGAAAUGUUCCAGUCAUGCUAUGCUGGAUCCCAAAACCUGGAAUGUUGCGAAGUAUUCGAAACAACUUUUGUGAUGAUGAGAGGAAGAUGUUUUCGCCUUAUCAACAACUACUAUCAAACCGACGUUGAUGAAACCGAUAAACUUACUCUCUACUUCAAUCGAAUCCAAGGAAGAUUACUUGGGAACAAUACAAGGCCGCAACUAGUUAUGUACAUUAGCGAUCAUCAUCCUGAAAUCGGUCUAUAUCCUCGUGUUUAUUUGAGUCUCAAUGAUUGGAACCGCCUUCGUUUUGUUCAACGUAGGAUAUCUAUGGUUUCCGAAAAUAAUCUAUGCUCAACUGAUCCUCGUAACAAAGGAAAAUCGACGUGUUUCGUGUACAACUGGAUUAAUCGAAUGGUUGUGGCUCCGAUGAAUUGUACACUACCGCUCCUCCAAUCAAUGUUAACACAUCCGGCCAAUGUCUCAGCAUGCGAGCCGAUAACAGUAGUCGAGAAUUAUCACAAUGUUACUUCUACAAUAGUGGAAAACUAUGGGUGUCUCCCAGCAUGCGAACGUAUAGAGAACAAUUGGGAGAUGACAAGCAGUAUGGACACCAGUCCUUCGCCAAAAUAUGCUUUUCGCAUAGAAGCAUCGUUCAGUGAUUUAGCAUAUGAAGAAUACACUGAAAUCAGCCUAACAACAUUAUCACGAUUCAUUUCCGAAUUGGGCGGACAAAGCUCUGAAGAAGGCGACGACGCCGAAACGUUAGCGAGAAUAAAGAUUAAAGGCAUCACCCCACGAAUCUGA